GUCCAAUUUUUGUUUCGGUUUUGGUUGCUUGAGAAGCGCUUAUUUUGUUUCUAACUAAAAGCAUUCAAAACUGUGUAUCCAAGCAAAACAAAGUGAAACGGAAGAAAUAUGUAUAAAAUCCUUUAACUGGUAGCACCACAGGUUGUGUAGAAACCAAGAUAAGCUUACGUUAGCAGUUCGCCUUGUGUAUUCAAAAUGGACUUGAGUCCUUACAACAUACCGGGGAUCGGGACCCCGUUACAUCAACCUGAAGAAGACCAGCAGAUUUUGCCAAAUGCCCUGCAACAGCAGCAGAUCCAGCAGUCGCAGAUGCCGUCGCUGGCGUCGAUGGGCUCGUCGCCGCUGGUGGGGUUCGGCCUGGCGACCCCGCAGCGCAGCAUGCACACCUACGCGCCCACCUCCAGCUACGCCACUCCCCAACAGAUGAUGCAGCCACAGACACCGCAAAACAUGAUGUCUCCCAUGGUGACGGGCGGCAGCCUGGUCGGGCAGCAGAUGCUGGGCCAGGCCAGCCCGGCACCCAUGACCCCCAUGACUCCACAUUCCGCCGACCCCGGCAUCCUUCCACAGCUACAAAAUAUUGUAUCCACUGUAAACUUGAACUGCAAAUUAGACUUAAAGAAAAUAGCACUGCAUGCCCGUAAUGCUGAAUACAACCCAAAGCGGUUUGCUGCUGUCAUCAUGAGAAUACGUGAACCGCGGACCACAGCCCUCAUCUUCUCAUCUGGCAAGAUGGUGUGCACGGGAGCCAAGAGUGAAGAGGACUCGCGAUUAGCCGCCAGGAAAUAUGCUAGAAUUAUACAGAAAUUAGGUUUUGUGGCAAAGUUCCUGGACUUCAAGAUCCAGAACAUGGUGGGCAGCUGCGACGUGAAGUUCCCGAUCCGGCUGGAGGGGCUCGUGCUCACCCACGGCCAGUUCAGCUCCUACGAGCCCGAGCUCUUCCCCGGACUCAUCUACAGAAUGGUCAAACCCAGAAUUGUACUGCUAAUAUUUGUAUCAGGGAAGGUUGUGCUAACCGGUGCCAAAGUUCGACAGGAAAUAUACGAGGCGUUUGAUAAUAUAUACCCUAUACUGAAAAGUUUCAAGAAACAGUGAUAGAAUUAAGUUUUAUUUGUUGUUUUUCUAGUUUUAAUUUAUGUUUAACAGUCUAGAAAUAUAAGAUUACUUUCGAGAUUA